AUGUCAGCUGCUAAAUGUGAAGAAUGUACCAAAACUGUUUACCCACUUGAAGCUUUUUCAGUACUUGGUAAAUCAUGGCAUAAAGUUUGUUUUAAAUGUGCAGAAUGCAGACAAGUUUUAAAUUUAAAGACUGUUCAACCACAUUCAUCAGGUAAAAUUUAUUGUAAUAAUCAUUAUCCAAAAGAAAAAGCCACCCAAGUUGCCGAUUCAUUAUCAGUUGUUAAUGCUACCAAUUCACCAAAGGUUGCUUUAGUUAAUACUCAAGUUAAAGGUGUUGAAGCUGGUACAGUUACCACCGAUUCAAUGUCAAUUUCAAAUGCUACCAAUGCACCAAAAGUUAAUAAAGUUAAUCAACAAAUCUAUGGUGUUGAAAAGGGUACCAUUACUACCGAUUCAAUGUCAGUUAAUCGUGCUAUCAAUGCUCCAAAAAUCAAUACAGUCAAUACUCAAGUUAAAGGUGUUGAAGCCGGUACUGUUACCACUGAUUCAAUUUCAAUUUCAAAUGCUACAAAUGCUCCAAAAGUUAACACUGUUAACCAACAAAUUUAUGGUGUUGAUGCUCCAACUCAAGGUAUCGAUAUGAGAUUACAAAAUGCUCUCAAUGCUCCAAAACUCGAUACUGUUAACAACGAAGUUAAAGGUGUAGAUGCCCCAACUCAAGUUAUCGAUAUGAGAUUACAAAAUGCCCUCAAUGCUCCAAAACUCGAUACUGUUAACAAUGAAGUCAAAGCCAUCGAUAGAAAUAUUUAA